CUGCUCGGCCUGCCGGGCGUGUUCGCGCAGGUCGCGGAGUACUGCGCUGGGGAGGCGGGACGGCGGCAGGUGCUGGCCAGCCGCGUAUACACCGAUCCGCCGUCGGUGCUGGCCGAACGGGCGCCGGCGGUGGAGCUGCGGCGCCUGCUGGAGUCCGGCUUCCAGCCGCCCGAGUUGGAUCUGCCGGAGAUCGGCGCGCCGCUCGGCCGCCUGCGGCGUGGCGCGCCGACGCUCGACCCCGAGGAGCUGGCGGCCGUCGGGCGGCUUGCCGCCACGACGGAGGCGAUCCGCGGCGCGCUUGCGGAGGUCGCCGAUCCGGUCGAGCGCCCGGCGCUGAGCGCGCAGUCCGCCCAGCUGCCGCUGCUGGGAUCGCUGGGCGCGGACCUGCUCCGCGUGGUGGGCGUCGACGGGACGAUUCAGGAUCACGCGGUCCCGGAGCUGGCGCGGGUGAAGCGCGACCUGCGCCGCCUGCAGUUGCAGAUCGAAACGGCGGCGGCGAGCUGA